ACGGCUGACGCGGUCACGUCUACAACAGCUUUGGGGGUCCUUUGGGUCAGCUUCAAUCCAAACUAUGACAUAUAUAUAUAUAAACGACUGUCUCUGUCAUAAUUGUCACUGCCAACUACUACGGCCUACAGACUCGUGUUGUGUCCAACAAAAACUGUCCCAGUGAAUUUACUGGUGGAUCAGGAAGAUCAGAAAUAUGGACGAAGAUGAUUCCAACUCGGAGCAACACCAGAGCCCUGAACUGACGAAAGAAACCUUCCACGUGGCCGGAAAGGAUUUGCAAAUAUAUAAAGCGCCCAAGUUCGAUAGUGGAGUUUCUGGCACCUUUUUGACGGGGCAAAGUCUAUGGCCAUCUGCUAAAGUCCUGGCCCUGUAUCUAACUUUGAUUGCAGAAACAGUAAAAUCCGCAUGUGGCGUGCUUGAGCUGGGCUCCGGGCCGGGACUGGUGGGUCUGACGGCGGCUCGGUUAGCUGCAGACACCGAUGGGAAGGUCAUUCUGACAGAUCACGAAGAGAGAGUGCUACAAAUCACACGGAUGAACAUUGCUGCCAACUUUCCAUCUCAACCUGACACCCCGCGCUGUGCGCACCUGAGCUGGGGGGAGAACGUGGAAGAGUUUCGGAAGCAGCACGGACAGUUUGAUCUCAUCCUUGGCUCGGAUGUCGUGUAUAAGGAAGACGCCAUCCCCCAGUUAUUCCAAACUGUUGGAACUCUUCUCUCUCUAAACGACUCGUCCAGUUUUCUGCUGGCCUACGACACCAGAGGAGGCUGGCUAGAUGAACAUGUCGAUCGGCACUCCGAACAGGCGGGUCUGGAGAGGGAGGACAUUGCGUUAGCAGACAUCCCGGCCUGUCGGCAGCUACUGGGGAGUAUAGAGUGGGACUAUCCACUCAACACAAAUCUGAGACUGAUAAAGUUCACGAAAAAAGGAGAGAGAUAACAGCGGGUCAUUCGUGAGAAUGCGUAUGCUAUGAAUACGCAAGACAUGUUCAUUUAGACCUUAAAAAAGGUUGUGUUAAUUUUUGGCGACGCCUCAGGGGCGGAGGCAUUCUUUACAGUAUUACGAUCGCUUUGAAAAUAUUCCAAAAAUUGCACGAAUGCAUUCCCUAGGGAAUUGUUUUUGAGGUAGCCUUUGCCUGUUUGGUCUUUUGUCAGAACAGAAACGGCCUUUGCUUUUUGGUAUCUUAAAGUCACAUGUUUCGGGCAUUUUGCUUCUUUCAGCACAACAAAAACAUUGUCAUGUUUUAUGUACGUUUUUUGGUUUCUGGCAAAUGAGAGUUAUGUGUUAAUAUUACAACUCUUAAUCCCUCUUUUGGUAUUCUUUGAGAGAAAUAGGAAUACCAUAUUGAAGCUUUAAUAUUUCAAGUACGUUUUUAUUUCACCUGUGAAUACAAUCGUAUUUUGAAUUUACUAUAUCUAUUUGAAACUAUGCUUAUUUUUCAAGAUGUUUGUAGAAAGCAGAAAAGGCCAUAACUGUCCACAUUGAAAGAAACUAAUCAUUUCCAAGACAAACUAUCCACACAAUUACCUAUACCUUUAUUUCAUCAACAUACACAUCAAACACACGUUUGUCACAUCUCAAGACACAAACAUCGAGAAUAUAAAAACCUUGCAGAACAUGGCAAAGACGCGGUAUUCUCAUAAUUGUGGGUUUACUUAUAUAACAAUGAUUCUUGGUAAUUCAAGCAAAACACAUUAUAUAAUUCUGUUGACCUUGUACUAAAUUGUUUGCAUGCUUAUUAGUACCACAAAAUUCCUGUAACUAUAGAGUGAUUGUCAAGCCUGACUACAUAUACAUUGACUUCCGUUUCGUUGAGGUGAUAGACUGUGUUGCAUUUAAAAUCUACUGUUACUAUUGAUCUGACUGUCGGCUAAUUUAACUUCAUUUCUUGUGACUGUUGUCGUCAUGUUGUCGUCAUGUAGAGCUGAAAGAAAUAAUAUUGGACAGAUUAGGUCAGGUGUAUAGUAAUAGUAAUAGUAAACACAUGUUGACGACCUCAAGCAGAUUCUUCCAUGAUCAAUAUAUGUCAAAAUGUAUGAAUCCCUAUGGGUUUCUUUGAAUUGCUUAGCUGUCAAAUGUCUUCUUUCACAUAAUCAAUAAAUAAAGGUUCGAAAAAAGUGCCCAAUCUAAUAGAUCAACCAACACCCAACAUCCAAUCAUAGGCUUGGAUUAGUUUUCAAUGUCCCCCAGU